AUGGCUGGCCGUGGACCUUCGUUCGCAGAACUCGGCGCUCGGUACCUGCGACAGCGCGCAGGCGCAUUCGGACAGGGAGGCGGCCCUCGUCCUGGAGGCGGAGGAAACGGCGGCGGCGGUCCCGGACUCGGUGCGAUGCUCGGCGGCGCUGGAGGAGUCGUCGCGCUCGCUGUCGGUGGUCUUGCGAUUAACGCCAGCUUGUUCAACGUCGACGGAGGUCACCGCGCGGUCAAGUACACCCGCCUGCAUGGUGUGACGGAGGAGGUCUACAACGAAGGAACCCACAUCGCGAUCCCCUGGUUCGAGACGCCCAUCAUCUACGACGUCCGCUCGAAGCCGCGAAGUAUCGCCUCCUUGACCGGGACCAAGGACUUGCAGAUGGUCAACAUCACCUGCCGUGUCCUGUGCCGACCACGGGUGGACGCGCUGGCCAAGAUCUACACCGAGCUUGGCGCCAACUACGACGAGGUUGUCCUGCCCAGUAUCGUCAACGAGGUCCUCAAGAGUGUCGUAGCUCAGUUCAACGCCUCCCAACUCGUUACCCAGCGCGAGAUGGUCUCGAAGCUCGUGCGCGACAACCUCGAGCGCCGCGCGGGCCGCUUCAACCUGAUCCUCGACGACGUCUCGAUCACGCACGUCACCUUCAGCCCCGCCUUCUCCGAGGCGGUCGAGGCGAAGCAGAUCGCGCAGCAGACGGCGCAGAGGGCAGCGUACCUUGUUGACCAGGCGCUGCAGGAGAAGCAGAGCAUCAUCGUCAAGGCGCAGGGUGAGGCGAGGAGUGCGGAGCUCAUCGGUGAGGCCGUUAAGCAGAACAAGGGAUUCCUGGAGCUGAGGAAGAUGGAGGCUGCGCGCGAGAUUGCCGGCCUCGUCAGCAACUCUGGCAACAAGCUCAUGCUCGACUCGGAUGCCCUUCUCCUCAACUUGCAAGACGGCAAGGACUCCUCGAAGAAGUGA